CGAAAGAACCGAUUCCUGGAAAUGUGUCGGACUUCCCAUCACCACGAAGUGGCGUAAGGUGAACCCGAUUAUCUCCGAACUAGUCGCCCGACGUUUACCGAGCCGUCCUUCCAGCCGGACUGCUGGAAGCAGCAGUAACAACGCCAUGUUGAGCGAAGUCUCCCAUCUUUAUGAGAAAUUCCUAUAGUGCGACUCGUUAAUGUGAUGUUACUACGCGAAGCGGAGCAAACAAACCCGGAGACGGCCAUCUGAGGAGGCGGAGAAGAACAAUUCAACCGGGAAGAUCCAGGGUGGCUGGAGGGGGAUACAAACCCCCUACCGUCCCCAUGCACAGAGCAGCUACAACCCCAGACUUCAAAGAUAAAAUGACAUUUUUGGUACUAAUAGCCAGAUUUGAAUGAACUCCAUGGCAUAAGGAUAUACACACGUUCCGGCCUUCGUAGAGAGAAGAAACGGCCAGAUAUUGUUGGAACGUGCGAUCGUUUUCAGCUGCGUAUUGUUUGUUUUGGUUUAAAUUUCUGCAAUGAGUUUGCCACCGAAAGUGGUCUCGAAACCGGCCGCUGUCGCUGUUAGUGGACAUGUAACCGGACCGGCACCGCCAACGCAUCUUCGGGCAGCGCUGACCUCCGUGUCGUUACCACCGGGAGCCCAGAGCGCUCCUCCGCCGUCAGCCGUGCCGCCUACCCAGAUUCCUCGAGCAGCGCUAUCACUAGAAGAAUGCAUGUUUCCCACCCACUCCGGGGUGACGGCAGUCUACAGUGUAUCUAGACACCCUGGUGCUCCAUACCCAGGUCAUGACCUCAGCAAAACCCACCCAAAUCUGGCGGGCACCCCUCCUGGCCACGGCACGUCCCCAGCCCUCUCUCAGGUUUCAGUCCCUGCCGCCCCCUCAUACCGCUUCCUCAAGAGCUGGGAGACAGGUGGUGGGCCUCCAUAUAACCAAGCCCAGAAUGCAGGCUCCGCCCCCCUGGUGUACUCGCCACAGACGCAGCCAAUGAAUGUACAGCCGCAGAAUCGGCCGUUUGUGACGGGGCCUCGUCCGACCCACCAUCAGUUCCUCCACAGGACUCAGAUGCAGCAGGCACGACCUAACCUUUCUACCAACAGCCCCUCCAUUCGGCCAGGCUCACAGACCCCAACGGCUACGGUUUAUCCCCCAAACCAGGCCAUCAUGAUGACCAUGACGCCCAUGGCCUUUCCUACCCAGACACACCAGUACUACAUUCCCCAGUAUCGUCAUAGUGCACCUUACGUUGGACCCCCGCAGCAAUAUGCCAUCCAGCCACCAGGGUCCGGAACCUUCUAUCCAGGACCUGGGCCUGGGGAAUACCCUGCUCCUUAUGCUGCCGGGCCGCCAUAUUACGCCAGCCAGACAGUGUACCCUCCCUCUCCACCCAUCAUAGUGCCUGCACCACUGCCACCUCCACCAGCCAAGCGUGAAAAGAAACCAUCCUCCCAGAUUCGGAUCCGAGACCCCAACCAGGGUGGAAAGGAUAUCACAGAGGAAAUCAUGUUUGGAAGCCGUAAUCCUACGCCUCCUGCUGGGCACCCAGCCUCCACCUUAACCCCACCUGCAGGACAGACCUCCUCAACACCAACCCCACCCACAGGACACCUGUCCAACACACCCACCCCUCCACAGCCAAGCAACUGUCAGACCCCAGAACAAAUGACAUGUGUCAACCCACCUCAGAGAAUCUCAGAGAGCCCUGCGCCCAUGGAUGGCAAACCUAAUUUAGAUGACAGGCCAAAAAUGGUGUCUGCUCCCGUAAUGCCUGUAUCCCCUGGGCCUAGGCCUUCAGAGUCCACUUUAGAGAAAAGAGAAGCCCCAAGUCUUCCAUUAUUAGCCUCUUCUCCAGAGAUGGCCUCUGAUGUUCCCUCUCAUCCUUCAAGUGAAUGCAUUAAACCAACUGCUGCAGGAGAACCUGAAUUUAUUUCUCCUUCAACUACCAAGGCUCAGAUGCAUCUGGUUAAUUCUGGUGGGGACUCUAUUCCUGAAAGUUCUCUCAGACUGUCUGCUUCGCCCUCGCUGUCCCUCAAAGUGGUAAAUGGCCUUGACGAGUCUCAAACUCCCUUAUCAAGCUAUGAAGAACCUGAGGUCCAGGAAGCCCUAAAGAUAUCAUUGUCCUGCAAGGUUCAGCUGCCAACCCAGGGUAUGUUAUCAACGGAGGAGUCUGGUCAGGAAGUUCCAGUGGCUUUGGAGGAGCUCCAAGCAGAGCACCUCCCUUCUCUAGCUGUACAUGUGCCCUUGAUUCCUACAGUGCAGGCCCUUUCAAGCACCUCCUGCACUGCUACUGUCAUUGGACCACCACCCGGUUUGCCACCACUAGUGCAGUCAGUUGUCCUUGAGGUGGCAGAGCAAAACAAGUCUUCAGACAAUGUCCAACCGAAGGCUCAGGAUGCUUCAGAAUCACAAACUCAGAAUUCUAGAAAGUUCAUACCCUCAGCUGUUUCUGCUGUACCAAAGUCUUGGAAGAAACCAAAUGAAGAUGUUCUGAUGGUGGAAACACUGCUGAAGGAGAAUGAGGAGGAGACCUCUAAGGACAGCUCUACUGGAGAUGACAUGGUCUCACAGCCAACCUUAGAGACCAACAGCAGCCCAUAUACAGUGCCUGAGCACCAGGAGAAGCUCUCAGAGGAGAACGGUGAGAGCCUUUUUGAAACAGAGCCUUUUAGGAAUGGGGUGGAGACAGAAAGCACUGACAGUGGCGUUACACUCGGAGACAGCAGGGGGUCCAUGUGUUCACCCACUCCACUCAUGCAGGAAGGUCUUGUGCAGUCUAAUGGAAAGAGACAGUAUGACCGGGACUUCCUGUUGGGUUUUCAGUUUAUGCCGGCCUGCGUGCAGAAACCAGAGGGACUGCCUCAAAUCAGUGAUGUGGUGCUAGACAAGAUUAACCAAAACAAACUGCCACUGAGGUCUGUGGACCCCAGGUUGAUUUCCAGGGGCACUCCCCAGGAUUUCACACCCGCUUUUGCUGACUUCGGCAGGCAGAUGCAAGGAGGACAUGGCGCCCCACUUAUAAACGUGCGGCGACUUCCACCACGCAAGAUCAUAGUAAAUGUUUCCGUUAAUGAUGACGUUCAGCUCAAGAAGGCAGAGAAUGCCUGGAAGCCUGGGAUGAAGAAAGAGAAUGUCACAGACGACCCAGAGGCCCUGAAAACCCAGGAGUUGUUCCGGAAAGUUCGUAGCAUUUUGAACAAGCUCACACCCCAGAUGUUUCAUCAGCUGAUGAAGCAGGUGACGGAUCUCACGAUCAACACAGAGGAGAGGCUGAAAGGAGUCAUCGACCUUGUGUUUGAGAAAGCCAUUGAUGAGCCCAGCUUCUCUGUGGCCUACGCCAACAUGUGUCGCUGCCUGGCUACGCUAAAAGUGCCAACAGCAGACAAACCUAACACCACGGUAAACUUCCGGAAGCUGCUAUUGAACCGCUGUCAGAAGGAAUUCGAGAGGGGCAAAGUGGACGACGUUGUACUUGAGAGAAAACAAAAGGAGCUGGACUCUACCACAUCACCCACAGAAAGGGAAAAACUGCAGGAGGAGCUUGAGGAGGAGAAGGACAAGGCCCGGCGUCGCUCCACAGGAAAUAUAAAAUUUAUCGGUGAGCUGUUCAAGCUCAAGAUGCUGACAGAGCCCAUCAUGCAUGACUGUAUGGUGAAACUACUAAAAAACCAUGACGACGAGAGCUUGGAGUGCCUCUGCAGACUCCUCACUACCAUCGGCAAAGACCUUGACUUCGAGAAAGCCAAGCCUCGUAUGGACCAAUACUUCAACCAGAUGGAGAAAAUUGUCAAAGAGCGCAAGACAUCGUCACGGAUACGGUUCAUGCUACAGGAUGUGAUAGAUUUGAGACUGCAUAACUGGGUGUCCCGAAGAGCAGACCAGGGUCCUAAAACCAUAGAGCAGAUCCAUAAAGAGGCCAAGCUAGAGGAACAGGAGGAGCAGAGGAAGGUUCAUCAGCAGCUUCUGUCUAAGGACAUCAAGAGGAGGCCAGACCAAAGAGAUCAGCGCUCCCAGAGGGAGGAGACCUGGAACACUGUGCCCACUACUAAGAACAGCAGGACCAUCGACCCCACAAAGAUCCCCAAGAUCUCCAAGGCUCAAAUCGAUGAAAAGAUUCAGCUUGGUCCGCGGGCUCAGAUCAACUGGAUAAAGGGCAGCAGUGGCGGAGCCAAAGCUAGUGACCCUGAGUUAACACGCUCUGCCAGUAGCACCCUGAACCGUUAUUCAGCACUGCAGUCGUCCACGUCUCAGCCCAGCCCAGCACCAGUCCAAACCUCUGAUCCUGAUUCCAGACGCCCACUGGGAAGUCGAGGCAGCACUGGUCGUGAUCGCAGUGAAAAGCCGUUGAGUUUGGGGCCGUCACGACCGGGGCUCUUCAGCAGAGGUAGCAGCGCUAAGGAGCUAACAGACAACGUGGCCCCUCAGGAGACAUGGAGAGAGGGACCUGACUCACACCAUACACCUUGUAAAGCCAGCAUUUCAGAGGAGAAAUGUGAGCUAGAGAACAUCAGAGCCACAGAGACAUUGAAAUCUGAGACGACGCAGGUCACUGGUGGUUCAGAGAAGCCCAUCCUGACCGAAGAGGAGGUCGAGCGGAAGUCCAAAUCCAUCAUUGAUGAGUUUCUGCACAUUAAUGACUACAAGUACUGUAAGCCGUUUUGCGUUCGUGUCUGUUUGUGUGUGCAGGAAGCAGUGCAGUGUGUAACUGAGAUGGAUCAGCCCUCUCUGCUGUUUGUGUUUGUGCGCAUGGGUCUGGAGUGCACACUGGAGCGUAGUCAGAAAGCCAGAGAGCACAUGGGACUGCUCUUCUAUCAGCUCAUUCAGAAGGGCAUCUUACCCCAUUCUCAACUCUACGAAGGGUUUUCGGAGAUGCUGGAGCAGGCUGAUGAUAUGGCCAUAGAUGUUCCCUUCAUUUGGCUUUACCUGGCUGAGCUGCUCAGUCCUCUGCUGAGAGAAGGAGGAAUCAACAUGAGAGAGCUGUUCAGUGAGUUAAGUAAACCGCUACUCCCUGUGGGAAGAGCUGCCAUCUUAUUUUCUGAAAUACUGCACCUACUAUGCAAACAAAUGAGCCAUAGGAAAGUUGGAGACUUGUGGAGAGAGUCUGGGCUGAACUGGGCUGACUUCCUGCCUGAGGGAGAACAUCUUCCUGCCUUCAUCUCACAACAGAAGUUAGAGUUCACCGUAUCAGAAGUCUCCCCUGUGUCCCUGGCCACAGCGAAACCCAGCCUCAGUCCGGAGGAGCUUUUCAAACAGCUAGAGCACCUCCUGCUAGAAGACAUGGCUAGUGACGAACAGAUCUUCGACUGGGUCGAGGCUAAUUUGGACGAAUCUCAAAUGAGUUCAUCUCCGUUUUUGAGAGCUUUAAUGACGGCUGUAUGUAAAGCAGCAGUUAAAGAUGAAAGCACGUCCUGUAGAGUGGACACUGCUAUCAUCCAGAGACGCCUACCUAUAUUACACAAGUACCUUAACUCAGACACCGAGCGGCAGCUGCAAGCACUUUACGCUCUUCAGUCUUUGAUUGUCGCCCUGGAUCAACCUCCCAAUCUACUCCGAAUGUUUUUCGACUGUCUUUACGAUGAGGACGUUAUUUCGGAGGACGCUUUCUGUCAGUGGGAAACAAGUAAAGACCCGGCAGAACAGCAAGGAAAAGGCGUAGCACUGAAGUCUGUCACCGCUUUCUUCACCUGGUUACGCGAGGCGGAGGAGGAGUCUGAGGAUAAUUGACACAAGCAGGUGGCCGACGCCCAGAGGCCCCCUACUGACACAAACAAAAACUGCAUCCAGACUAAACAGGUCUAGCCAUAAACAGACUUACUCCUGCAGACACAGGAACUUUGAAGCGCUGGCCAACUUGAGCUGGAACUCUCUACGCAACGGAGGGAACACUAAAUACUUGUAUCAUAUAUAUAGAAAAUAUUUUUGUUUUAAAGUUUGACUUUUUUUUUUUUUCAUUUGUUACUUUUAAAAGAAGAGACUUAAAAUAGGUUCUGAAUUCUUUAAUUUAUUAUUUUUUUAAGAGACUGCAAGUAUGGAGUUCUAUUUAACAUUUGCAGGCAAAAAGAACAUUGAUAUAAAUAACAGAAAUAAACAUGUAUCAUAACAAUAAUAUUAAUUUUGUUUAAAAUGUGUCAGCAGCCUCCCUGGAUUCAUGUGAUUCAUUUUAAAACAAAUCAAAUGUUUCCUCGGAAAUAAAUAAAUGCAUACAUUUUUGGCUCGAGGUGGAGACUGGUCCCGGAUCGGCUAAUGUUGCUGAAGUUUCAGGCUGUUUUGAGAAACACCCGCCACUGGUUCUUCUGCUUCGGCUUUUGCUCGACGAACUUUCCAAGUAACGUGGCAAACACUGUAAAAAUGAAUAUGAAUUCAGACUUCAACAUCAAAUACCUGUAUGCAUUAAGGAGAAGUGCAAACACUAAUGAAAGUCAGAACAUUGCCAGGAUUGCUCAGUGUACUUGUGAUGAAGAACUGAUGAGGAAAUGUAAAGCUUGUAAAUACAUUAAAGAGAAAAAAAAGAGAUUUAAAAAUUA